AUGGAUAGUGUUGGCCCUGGUAGUGCCACGGCUGGUCGCAGGUCUGACCCUCGCCCCUACUGGGAGGUUAGGCGUUUCUGCUGGGUUCCCUACGCUCUGGUGCUUCACUCACAAUUCCAGAUGCGUGCCAAAUCGUUGGACGAGACUAGAGACGUCGAUUCUGGGCUUCCGGACUACGAUGACGAGGCCAUGCCUCUAAAUCUCAUUCCUGAUGGCAGCGGAAAGUUUUCUGAGUUAAAUCUCGACGAGUCAGUAAUUUCAAACGUUGCAGUGGGUGAAUCUAUCGCUUCAAUCGUCAGGACAAUCGUAAAUCUCUACCUGAUGGACUGCAAGAACCGUCCUGACCCUUUUCAGCCGCAGUUGGAGCCGCGAGGCUCUCCAAAGGGUUCCAUGGAGACUGAAAGUCUGUUUUUGAAUGGGUCUGACGUUACGCAGCUCGUGAACUCGUCCCUGGAGCGAGUUCCAAAGGUAAAGAGAAAGGACCUGGUGGAACUCCGCAAAGUCCUGGCGGACUCCGACGAGGAAGGCGUGAACAUCCUCGUCAAGAGCGUCUGUGCCAUCAUAAGCUACCAGCAGCUCCUCACACCGGCCGCUCGCCGAGAAUUUAACAAGGAGCAUAUGCAGCAGUGGAUCAAAUCGCAAGAUGCCGAGGCUUUUGUGGACAAGGACUACGAAGUUGUCUAUGGGAAGUGGAAGAAGUAUCUCAAGAAGCAAAUGCCCAUGGGAAUAUCGGUAUGUGACUACUUUUCGACUGACUUGCUCAAGUCUGUGCUACUCAUCAACGCUGACAGGAUUAGACAAGAGCUGGAGAAGACCGCAUUCAAGUUCCACCCCGAUAUGAUACUCAUUUUGCUCUGCAAGGAGUGUGGAUUCACAGAUGAACAGGCCAAUACGAUUGGAACAAUGAGCAGUGCCCGAGGCUACCAGAUCCAGUCGUUGCUGCCCUCGGAAACAGGUCUCGGUUUCCUACACAGAGACGCUGGUGGAGCAAAGGAGGAAGAUCUUGGCAUCAUUUCAUUCGAGUGUAUUACAAAUGACCGAGAACCAGGACACCUUAUCAAGUUGGUAACUGUAAAGAACAUUUUUUCAAGACAACUCCCAAAAAUGCCCAGAGAGUACAUUGUGAGACUUGUGUUUGACAGGAAUCACUACACAUUUUGUUUGCUCAAAAAAGGACAAGUGAUUGGGGGCAUUUGCUUCAGGCCUUACUUUGAACAACGAUUUGCAGAGAUUGCAUUCUUGGCCGUAAAAUCAACAGAACAAAUUAAAGGAUACGGAACCCGUAUUAUGAACCAUUUGAAAGAACACGUAAAAAAAUCAGGAAUUGAAUAUUUUCUAACCUAUGCUGACAAUUUCGCCAUCGGAUAUUUCCGCAAACAAGGCUUCUCACAAAAGAUUACAAUGCCCAGAGAACGAUGGUUUGGGUAUAUUAAAGAUUACGAUGGAGGCACGCUCAUGGAAUGCUAUAUCUCGCCAAAUAUUAAUUAUCUGAGACUCAGCGAAAUGUUAAGCAGGCAAAAGGCUGUUGUUAUGCAGUGCAUUGAAGCGAUAAAACCACUAAAGGUAUACGAUGGUCUCACUGUGUUCGCUGAAUCCUCAAAGGACAGCCAAAAGAAACCCAGAUGUACACUCGUUCCAUCAGAAAUUCCAGGAUUAAUAGAAGCCGGAUGGACAGAAGCUCAAGAAAGCCAACAAAGUAAACAAUCUGAUCCAAAUGCACCAGCUGACACUGAGCCACAGAAAAAAUCACUCAAGGCGUCAAUUCUAGAACUCUUGAAUAAUCUAAACAAACAACAAAGCGUUUGGCCAUUCAGGAAACCCGUUAAACAAUCGGAAGCUCCAGAUUACUAUGAGAUUAUUACACAACCCACUGACAUUUCAACAAUGAAGAGAAAGGCCAAACUUGGAGAAUACAAAACAAAGGAACAGUUUGGAGAAGAACUCAAGAGAAUGUUUGACAACUGCAGGCUCUACAACACAUCACACACCAUUUAUUAUAAAUAUGCAAAUGAAUUGCAGGCCUUUAUCUGGCCACAGUAUGAAAAUAUUCAAGAAUGA